GUGACAUGCAUGUGCAAAAUGCUGUCUAACCUGUCUGAAAUAUGGAUGGAUUCGAUGAGGGAGUAGAGUCCCCUUUAACGCCGCUCUCAUUGACUCGUGUAUCGGGGCGUUGUCGCCAUCUUCCGCCAGUUCUGUUACCGACCUCAUCACCGGAGCAUCACAUCAGACCGCCGGUGGGCGAGUCCGGGUGUGUCUGUCUGCCUGCGAAAGCGUUCAGAAAGCUCGCAAAUAACACCGAGAGGGGAGGGAAAUAAAAUGCUGGGUUCUCGAAAGCGGGCACAUCUUCAUCACUAGACACUUGUUGUUUCUUUCUUUCUUUUUUAAUUUUAAUUUUUUUUUUGCUUUUGGAGGAGGACAGAAGCAUGAAGAAGCAUCUCAGCCCCGCGAAGGUACCACUGGAAGUCACCGUACCAGACACCGAGGCGACUGUACAACAACUCAACAAGCUGCUGUCCAACGGCAGCGGUUUUUAUAGCCUCCCAGCACAACAUUUCAACGAGGUCUUUCCCAGGAUUUACAUCGGCAAUGCGUUUGUGGCACAGAAUGUGAUGCGUCUGCAGCGUGCGGGUGUGACACACAUACUGAAUGUCGCAGAGGGAAACUCUUUUAUGCAUGUGAACACCAAUGCAGAGUUCUACACAGGAACUGGAAUCACGUACCACGGCAUACAGGCCAAUGACACUGAGCAGUUCAACAUCAGUGCCUUCUUUGAGGAAGCGGCAGAAUUCAUUGAUAAGGCUCUGGCACAUGGAAAAGGAAAGGUGUAUGUUCACUGCCGGGAGGGCUACAGCCGUUCGCCCACCAUCGUCAUCGCUUACCUCAUGCUCCGUCACAAUAUGGAUGUACGAGUUGCCACAGCUACAGUAAGACACAAGAGAGAGAUCGGCCCGAAUGAUGGAUUCCUGUGCCAGCUAUGCCAACUCAACGAAAAGCUGGCGAAGGAGGGCAAGUUGAAGACCAAAUGAUAGAAUGUGCUCUACCCCCACAUAUACUCACAAAUGCAGGUGCACACAGUCAAACUAGUGUGCACAAUAUUUCCUUUCCAAGUAUAUUAACCGAAUGUAUUCAUACAUCCAGAGCAUAUGCAUGGAGGUAUACAAAGUGUAUUCAAACACACACACACACACACACACUCUCACAUACACGGUCACCUGAGGUGUUGUCAGUAUCCUGAAUAAUUACUCCUGCUUCCAGCUGGCUGGUAAAGGGAAAUUUACUGAAUAAUUAAGGCUGUAGAAGGAGCAAGGGUAGCAUUUUAUAUGUCAUCACAACUGUUUUGCUUUUGCAUAUUUCCCAUGAUAAUCAGUGUCUGUGUUUCACCAGGUACACCUAAAGCAUUCCAAUUGCCAACUAUUUGUAUAUCUCACAAGUUCAAAUUUUGGAGCAGAUUAGCCCAAUCAUCAUCUGUAAAGUAGAGCACAAUCAUCCUAUGGGCUCCGACUUGCCAGAAAUACUGCGAUUGUUUAACCCAUUCCUAUUUGUAUGUGGAGGAAUAUGAUAUUUAGGUAUAAAAAAGCACGAAAAUACACCUUUUAACUCAUUUACAGAACUAUGGCCAGAUUUUUGAUGGCUUUCCAGCAUUUUAAAUCAGGACUAAACAGGAGGACAAAACUGUUGUGUACCAGCACACAACCCAUUCACUCUUUUAACAUGAGAUAAAUUAACAUUCCACAAAUGGUAGCAUACAAUCAACAAGCCAACCGUAUGUUGAAGCUCGGCUUCAACAGACGCUACAAACAGGUUCAACCCGGUUCUAUGCAGCAGUGAUAAUGAAUCAGCCCCAUUAGAUCUCUUUACUCUGGAAUCACUGUCUCUCACUGCCAAGUCUCAUGCCACAUUUUGUCCACCACAAGAUCACAGUCAGCCUUGACCAGAGAGACACGUCCGAUAGGUGGAGAGCCUCUGCCAUGCCAACUGCCUAAUGAUGUGCCCUUACACAAGGUUUGUUACCCCAGAGGCUUUGUGCGCCUUUAUACUGCUAGUUCAAAGAUCAGAGGAAGGAGUGCAAAGCAUGUGGAGCGUAGAUAUUUAAAGGUAGCUGUUGAAUUAGAUAGGUUUACUUCGGGCCGAGCUUUGUCUUUUAAACAGCAUCGCUUUAGCACUGGAAUUCACUCAGUUUGCUGCAUUCCUGGCUUGUUUCAGGUUUUAAAGGGGUCAUAUCAUACAUAUUUUUAUCAUUUAAUAAUUUCCCCCGAGGUCCACUUAUAACGUUAAUCCAAUUAAACAGGCCGUUUUUGCUGCUGUGCCUUUAAGACUUCUAUGUAAGCAUCCUCUUUGCAUAUGAAACUAGUUAGAUUGAUGAGUUACCGAUGGUUGUCCUUCAAUAACAGCAUCUUUGCAGCAGGUUCACUCAAUGGUCCACAUUGAAAUGUGCCGUUUUCAGAUCAGACUGAAAUACAUCAGACAACAACAACACAGAACAUUUCUCUUAUCAUUAUUAUGAUUAUUCUAGUGUUUAGAAAUAACAGUAUCUAUCAUACUUUGUCCAUAUAGCUUUUCUGGGACUGGUUGGGCCAUGUUGAUGUGUAAAUGUUAAAGUAUUGGCAUCUUAAAUUUAAAACAUUUCAGAAUGAGACAUUUUUGUAUCUUGGCUUUAGUAAAGGGUGUUUUUGGACUGGGGAGAAAGU